AUGGUCCCUGGUACCGAAGAUUAUGUGGAUCUAUCAAAAACGGUUCUUGUGAUAAGAGCAAAAGUAACAAAAGCAAACGGAGAUGAUCUUGAUGCUGACGAAAAAGUAGAAAUUGUAAAUAAUUUCCCACACAGUUUAUUCAGACAAGUCGAUGUGUUUCUGAAAGAAAAGCAGGUAACGCAGGCAACAAGUACCUAUGCCUAUCGUGCGUAUUUGGAAACCCUUCUCAACUAUGGUCCAGCAGCCAAAGACUCUCAACUCACCGCAUCCAUGUUCUACAAAGAUAAGGCAGGGAAAAUGGAUGUAUCCGAUCCCACUGUCACGAAUACCGCUAAUGCCAGCUCUGGUCUGAAAAAAAGAUAUGAAUUUAGCAAAGAGAGCGGAACCAUUGAAAUGGCCGGACCAAUAUUUUGUGACGUGUUUAUGACAGAGCGACUUUUGUUGAGUUAUGUCGACAUAAAAUUGGUUUUGAAUCGAAACAUCCAGGAGUUCUGUCUCAUGGCCUCGGAGGGCGGUGCCGAUUACAGAGUGAAGUUGACCGAUGCGUAUCUCAAGAUGGCUCACGAAUUAGCCUUGCGAAAAGGACCGGCCAUUUAUCCCAUUCGCCGUGUGGAGUGUAAAAGCUUCAUCAUUCCUGCGGGCUGCAGUGAUCACAUGAUAGACAUGUGA